AAUUCCCAUCUCCUCAAAAAUUAUGGAUGUGCUGAACUCGCUUGUGACACUUGUGUCGGUGACUGUCAAUGGUUGAACUGCACAUUUAGAGAAACUCCAACUGUUUCCUGUGUCAACAUCACGUCUAUAAACGGUCAGAACAUGGGCAACUGCUCUAAUGAAACCUGCUCGGUGUCCGUCGCUUCAAUGGGAUCUCCACUUGUUGCUACAACAGUUGUAACUGACGUCCCUGCCCCACCCACAAUCUCCCACUCUUCUACCACUGCUGCUCCAGUUAUCCCUACAGCCAACAAUGCAACUAACAGCAGCACCAGUGAGCCCGAGCCCACCGCAGCUGACCUGACCACUGCAGUACCAACUGCCCUGCCCACCACUAACGGCACCCUCCCAGUCUCUAACGUAACGCAUGCUUCAAACGUCAGUGUCACCACCGCAUCACCUGUGGGGCCCUCUCCAGUGCCUCAUAAGAAUUCCACAUUUGACGCAGCGAGCUUCAUUGGGGGCAUAGUGCUGGUCCUGGGCCUGCAGGCCGUGGUCUUCUUCCUGUACAAGUUCUGCAAGUCCAAGGACCGCAACUACCACACCCUCUGAAGAAAUCACUCCACCUCCACCAACCACUAUACCUACACUGGGGCCCGCUAUGAACACCCAAAUCCUAACCCCUGGCCAUUGUGAUUAUCAUAGACAGUGUUUCCAAUCAGUGUUUCUCCCACAAGCCUCAUGCCAUCGCGCUACCAACCUGUGGUUUAGGCCUGUAGCUUAAAUACACACAAGGUUAUAAACUGUACAUACCCACAAGUGCGCCACAUCUUUUACUGUAUGUAGUUCGCUACACAUUUCUCACACCCUGGUAGAGCUGAAGUGAACUCCAGUGCAGUGGCAUUUGAGCCUUCAACACAGAGGAUUACAUCACUAUGGAUUCCCCCUCUCAUCCCCUCUUCUCUCUCCCCACCCCUCUCUCUCCCCACUCCUGCAGUGAGUCAUUGGGGCUAUUCUCCUGUGUGCUGACUGGAUGAAAAGCAGACUUGUUUACUGCUUCACUCCCCUGGCCCUUCAUCUUAAUGUUGUACCUGCCUGGCCUGCCAUUAAUAGACCCAAUAGUAAUUUAUGUAAAGGAACCUUCAAUUCUGCUGGUGUAUAGUGGGGCUGCCACGGCUUUGGAGUACUAGCUUGUUCAUGCACCUUGGUAACGCUUUGGAAACACUGUUUGAGGUCCCCUCCCCCUUUUAUUUUUUGGAACUAGAUGACUCUGGAUGAUAUAGCAUAGCUUUUUUUUCUUGUUUGUCAUGGGACAGAUCUGGGUAGGGGUUUUCACAACUCCUUUAUAAUGAGGUCGUAUUCAUCUGAUGGCAGAGAUACCUGUUAAAGUAAGAAUAAAAGGAGAACUAAAAGCAAUGGUCCAUCCUCUAAGCAGGGCUCUACAGUGCGACUACUUUACUCACAUAUGAGUGUAAAUGUUUUGCUGUGUGAACUGGAUUUUUUUUUAAACAUUUUAGGAACACCAUUGCGCGUAGGAAAUUAUGAUUCUAGCUUUAUUAUCUCAAAUAUUUAGCGUUGUGCUACUAAAUUUCUUUCUGUGCCUACAUUUUUUAACUUAGGCGCACAAACAAAAGUCAGCGUAGAGCCCUGCAUAAGUUAGAAUAUUAUUUAUGUAGAUACCCCCAUCUUAAGUGGAGGAUGAGUUGGGCUCUCUUGGUGUUAAGACUCAAUGCUGUGUGUGUGUGUGUGUAUGUUUGGCAAACAUUACACACUGCCAAAAGAGCAGCUCAAUGCAAUAAACCCAAUUCAACCCCCCCCCCCCCAUCUUUACCGACUUCAGCCAAACAGAUUGCAGUGAUGAGUUGGACCACUAGACUGGAGAUGACCCCUUGCCCCACCACCUUCCUUUAACAGGAAGGAAAUCGCAAUGAGCUAAGUCUUUAGGACACGGUUGAAGGGGUGUACAGAUAAAAUAUUGUAGUAAAUGUAUGGGAAUGAUAAAUAAGUCAAAGUAUAAAUUAUUGUGUUGAAUGGAGUUGGAAGAAAAGACAGCAUGCACAUUGAUGCUGACAGUAUUGGAAGCAAAGUGCCUUUAAUGUUAAAUGUCUGUUACUUAAAGCGGCGGGAAUGAGGGAUUAUUUUGAUGCUCUUCCUCCUGGCUGAGGCUUGAGUGUCGUGAAGUAAAAGCAGUCUGGACACAGGACAGGAGCAGUAUCGCAAGAACAGAACCAGGGUUGGCCUCCGUUCCAUUUUCAUUCAGCCAAUCCACGUACUAAACUGAAAUUCCACGUUUUCCUCAUAGAAAAUGAUUUACAUUUCAGUUGACUUUAUGAAUUGACUAAAUUGAAAUGGAAUUCAGCCCAACCCUGAGAACCCUAGUAUCCCAGCUGUACUGAAGAGCCUUUUAUUAUUGGGUAGAUGGAUACAGUAGUUGCUCAUCAUGGUUUUGGAUGGAUGGAUGAAGACCUAUUAGGUAUAAAUUGAUUUAGAAUGGCAUUGGUUGAAAAGUGUCCCCUAUGCAGACUGAAAAGAUUUUGUUUCGUUAAAUGUAGGGCCCAAGUUCCACACAGCUCCCUAAUGCUAGUUCCACCUCAUAUUGUACAGACACAUUCUAAUAACCUGUGUUUUUGAAAAUAAUAAAGGGUGGAAAGGCAUUUAUAGGUAACUUCCAAAAUAAAUGAAACACGAGUGAAUGAGGGAUACAGUAUAUUGAAAGCAGGUGGUUCCUUGGUUAAUAAAGAAAUUAACAUCUCAUCAAGAUUAGGGUCAUGUAUUAAAAAGGCCCAGCUGCCCAUUAUUUUGGCUACCAUUGCUUGGAAGAAGAGAUCUCUGUGACUUUUUGAAAGAGGGGUCUCAAAGGAGCAUAGGAGGUUUAAACGGUGUGAGUGUGUGUCUCUCACAGGAGGUUGGUGGCACCUUAAUUGAGGAGGAUGGGCUCGUAGUGGCUGGAGCGGAAUCGGUAUAUAGUAUCACAUACAAGUCAAACAUGGUUUGAUGCCAUUCACGCCGUUCCAGCCAUUAUUAUGAGUUGUCCUCCCCUCAGCAGCCUCCACUGGUGUGUCUGUCACCAGAUCUCAAUUGAAUUGUUCACCAAUGAGAGAUUCUGGAUCAGAGGCUGCUGGAUCCACCACCAACAAAACACCAAAUAAUUGAAAUUCUCAUGGAAGAAUGGUGUUGCAUCCCUCAAGUUCCAGAUACUUGUACUUCUAUGCCUAGGAACAUUGAAGCUGUUCUGGCGGUGGCCCAACGCCCUAUUAAAACGCUUUGUUGGUGUUUCCUUUAUUUUGGCAGUUACCUGUAUUUUAAGCAUAGUUAGUAAAUUCAUGUUUUCUAGAGUCAUGCAUAAAUUGGACAGAGUUUUGAAAGUGUCAAAUAACUGACAUAAUAGCUGGUCUCUGAACUUAAAAGUGACUUAAUGUUGAGACAUUGUCCUUUGCAUUUUGGGGUUUUCUUUUCUCCUAUUGAGGCAUCUUAGGCGAGCACUCAACCUUUUUUUAAAUGUAGUGCCAAGGAGAGGAGACGGGUGUUGAACUACAGAAAAUCAGUGACUAGGUUUCACAAGUUUAGAGUGCAAACAGUAUGUGUCUAGUUCUUUGAUUAGCUUGCUGCUAAUAGUGUGAUGUUGUCCCCUUUGUACAUAAAGCUAUCAUGUCAUUCAGUUGAUUUACCUUAAAGGUUUGAACUUUCAAUCAUUUAAAGGCAAGAUUAAGUAUUUUUUUAGUUUUUUCAGUAGCAUUCACUUGCAAUGGCUUCUCAGUUUUGCUUUUUUUUCUGCAUUAAUGCAUGUCAUACAAAUGGAAAUGUAAUAUUUUUCUGUUGAAUUAUGCUAUUGGGGCUUCAGACACUUAAAAGAAAAAGAACCACUUGAUUUAUUUGUCAAACAUUUUGGUAGAGAAGAGUAUGCCUAAACCAUGUGUGUUAAAGUCGAAGUUCUCAAGUCUUGGCAUGGAAAAUAGAGUGCGGCACUGACAACUUUGUUUUGUGCUUUUUGCCUUCCUGUUGCUGCCAAAAAUGUAUGAAUGCUUGUGAGAGACCUCUUAGCUCAAUAUUUUCGUCAUUUUGAAAAAAUAUCACCUUGCUUUGUAUGGAACAUUCUGUGUAAUUUAAAAGUGCACGUCUGUCGUUCAUUGGCCCUGAUUUAAUGUAUGUUCUUGAUCACCUUAGGCUUGCCUUUUAAAGAUGAAUCUGCAGUCACCCGAUGGCAUUAGGCUACAUCCCAAAGACCCCCCCCCCCCCCGCCAACUAUGGCAAGUCAGAAGUACAAAUCUAGUUUUGCUUUGUCUGCAUUCACAGUAUGCUGCACAUUGAGUCCUCUUCUCUCACUCACACAAAGGAAAGUUAAUUGCCAAAUGUCAGGUGAAGGCAACUGAUAAGCAUUUGUAAAUCCUGAGUGUUACUUCACCAUUAUUUCUCCUUUUGCCAUGGUCUUAAGGACACAGUGAUUUAAAACUUCUGCAUGCCGUAGGAACACACAAUGUAGCAGUGAGUAUUUUCUUUCAGUGUUUGUCACAGGACAUUGCCAGUACCCAUAGCAACUGAUACAAAUAUUCUGAUACAAUUUUUUUUUCUUCAGCUCGGGCAAACUAAGUCACACGGCCCCUCUCCAUGCACCUUUUCAAGAAAAGUGCCUUACUCAGUUGAACAUAAAUUAAGAUUUGUAUUUUUUUCUUAACUUGAUAGUACACCCAGUAGAUAUUAAAGGGACUGAACUUCCAGACCCCUUCUAAAGAUUCAAUCAAAUAUGCUUUGAGUGGUGAGAGCAGCUUUAAAUGUCUUUGUUUUCUCAGGCACACUCGACUUUGGGAGCUUAAACCAGACGGAAGAAUGGGUCAGCUGGCCAGAUUCACAGGCAUGCAAAGUAUGUCAAAUUGUUGCGUUCCAUGACUUGUGUUCCAUGACUUGGCUACAUUCCAACAUAGAAUUCAAUUUACAUUCUUGACCUGAGAAUGUAGCUGUCUCUGGAACAGCGGCGCCCAUUAGUAUUGUACAUCUCAAACCCAGUUUGCUGAUGUUUACAUGUCUAUGGCUCUGGGGGUAGCCACCAUUUUCUGUGUGAAGCUUAUGUUUAUAGAGCUUUUAAAAUAGAGUUUUUCUUUUUUUUUUUUCUUUGUUGCUUUCUAACCAUGUCCACAUGUCACCUUGAUCUUAGUCCAGUUAAAUAAGAGGUUCUAGGUCUUAUGGAAUGAUUCCUCAGUGUUGCUCUCAUGUGCACAAAGAUGCAGAUUAAUAUGUACACAUACAGUUGCUGUUAUAUUUAGCCAUGAUGCCUACUACUGUUUUUAUGCUAGUUUUAUAUCCAUUUGGCCUGGAAUCUUGAUUUGCCUUGUUUUCUUUUAUAGUUUUGCCAUUAGAUUGAAGAUGUUAAAUUCAAUAAAGUUUGAAUAUUGUUGAA